AGAGGUAGGUCGCAAGAGUCGGCGGGACUACCCGGUUGUAACGGGCGCGUACAAACGUAUCAUGCUGGGUAGGGCCGGUGCCGAGAUGCCGGCUUGUAAACGAAACCAGUUUGCUAUACGAUACGAUCCAGGCAACAGCGGCCUCGCGUGAUAUCCCCACGGCUGAGAAGAACGUCAACGUGUGCUAUUGCGUUCGAUGUGACCCCGUAGGAUAUCUACUUGGAAAAUGUUACUUGCACCGGGGUUCAUCUGACGGAUAGCGCUCGGGGGUGAGAUUCAGUCAGCGAGAGACGAAGCAGCGGACGGCAACCAAUGGUUCAUUCGUUGCGAACCGACCGUUCCCGAAUGUUACCCGAAACUGUCCUGCGAACGCUUCGUAUUUCUGGAAAGGAAAAACUCGUAUUUCUCGCCAAACCGUAUUGCGUAAACGAUGCAUCGUUUUUCGUUGCAGAAACAUUGAAGAAAAAACAGUACCGUUCGUGUCAUUAGAAAUUGGUGAACAUUUUGUGUCAAAUCGGUUGAAAGAGUAUAUUCAGUGCAAACUAUUCGUGAAGUGAGUUCUAUCUCGAUGGUCGAGAGUUCUAUAAGAGUGAUCGAGCAGCUAAGAAGUUGAGUAAGAUUCGAGUCGAGACAACAGGAUGAAAAGCGCCAAAAGUAAACACAAACCGAAUCGGAGAGUUUCUUAGGUUACCGAGUGGAAUCGUUAGUUACGUGUGAGCAAAAUCGAUGUAUUGAAAAGGUUAUCAGUGUCUUAGAGCACACGAAAUUAGUGGAUCGUAGAAGGGCAACCAAAAGAGAUGUCGGCUGUUGCACCAGCGGGUACCGGUGCCACAGCGCCCACGACCAAUGGUCCGAUCGUACCGGCUCCUGUUUUUGCAUUGCCAACGUUAUCGUUCACCGUCGGCCAGGUUGCCACCGUCUGCGAGACCCUCGAGGAAAGCGGCGAUAUCGAGAGACUGGCGAGAUUCCUCUGGAGCCUGCCGGUAGCUCAUCCAAACAUCCAAGAGUUGAAUCAAAGCGAGGCCGUACUGAGAGCUAGAGCGAUCGUCGCGUUUCAUUCGGGCCACUAUAGAGAAUUGUACGCCAUACUGGAGAGGCACAAGUUCACCAAGGACUCUCAUGGUAAACUUCAGGCGAUGUGGCUGGAGGCGCAUUAUCAAGAAGCUGAGAAGCUUCGUGGAAGACCACUGGGUCCGGUGGAUAAGUACAGAGUUCGAAAGAAAUUUCCGUUGCCGAGGACGAUCUGGGACGGAGAACAGAAGACCCAUUGCUUCAAGGAGAGAACCAGAUCGUUGCUGAGAGAAUGGUAUCUUCAGGAUCCGUAUCCGAAUCCCGGGAAAAAGAGAGAAUUGGCUGCUGCCACGGGGCUCACGCCGACCCAAGUUGGAAAUUGGUUCAAGAACAGAAGGCAAAGGGAUCGGGCUGCUGCUGCGAAAAAUAGAAUGCAGCAGCAAUCUGGUACAGGAAACGGGAGUACACGACGCGCUCUGAGUCCUGGGCCAGGAGCCAGCGAUUCAGAGGAUUCCGACAUCUCGCUUGGUGGAACGUCGCCUGCGUCGCCGAGUUCCUCACCUCCGCCAACUCAUCAACCAUCUCCUGUUCCUCUCGGGCCUCUAGGUCCUCUACCUCCACCAUCCUUAAAUUUCCGCUUCGAUCCUUCGCAAUCGCAGUUUCGAUUCAACCACGCGACGGCCUUCAAAUUCCCGCCGGCGGGUUUCCGAUUUGGACCGCACAGCCCGCAACACAAUCAUCCGAACAUCUCUGGCGGUGGAAUCUUCAGGCUGACGGAAACGAGCCCGUUCCAAGCUGUGGGACCGAGAGGUGAUCUUGGGUCGAGACUACCGGAUCCACUGGGUCUACCACCGCCGAGGUUGCACCCACACGACAGCUUGCUCCAUCAUCCGCAAAUACAGCAUCAGCUACCGGAAGGAAUGUCGAGGAUAUCGGAAGGCUCGCGUCUCUCUGAUGGUGGAAUUUCGCGCCUGUCAGACAGCCUAUCGGAAGCUCACAGCCCGCCAUUAAUGGCGACGAACUUGUCUGUGACGGGUCCGCUAAGGGUUGCAGUUCCGAGCCCUCACACGCCUUCCUCGCGGGGUAGUCCAACGGCCAGUCAACAGACUCCCCAGGGUCAGUCUCAAGGCCAGGGAUUGAUAAGGGUGGCGACACCACCUCCACUGAAUCCGAAACCACCGCAGAUCCACAGACCUUUCUCGCCAGCGUGAUACGACGAAUUGGGAAAUGUCAUUUCAAGGGGAAAUGAACACGAUCGAUCCAUUGUAUCGAGAAAAAUCGUAGCUAGCGACGAGAGUCAAUUUCUCGACAAACGUUUCGAGGUUUUAUGAAAGGAGUAAAGCGAACACGGAGAUUUUCAAGCUCUAAGAAUCUACGAAAUAAUUAUUAAAAAGACGAAUAUCGAGGAGAAGUCAACAAAAAUAGGGAAGCUUACUUGGAUAAAGAUGUUAUUGUUGAAAUUUACGUUAAAAGUGUUCGUUACCAAGUAGUAAAACAAGAUGAACAUUUUACAAUACGGCUGACGAUGUAGAAUUCGUAAUUGUAUGUUGCAAGAUGAUAACAUAAAGCAACCCGAAUGUUACAAUUGACGAUGCGUCGGUAGAUGGCAGAAGCGGACGUGUGCAAUUAUCCGAAGCAGAUACGAACGAUGAUCGCAUGUAAAUAACGAGAUUACACUUUGAACGACACAUUUUUUCGUUGAAUGAAAACGGAACGCGAGAUCGAUCCGUUUUUGAGAGCAAAUUUCGUGUAACUAUAUAUUUUUUUAUUUGUUUCUUUCCCCCCCCCCCUAUUUUGUAGUCUGUACAUAGCGAAUACCCCCGGUAAGAAAGAAGUACGCUGUUUGAAUGUGAGAAUCGCUCUGAGAACUGUCACUCGUUAUUUCAAAUGUGUUGGCCAGCUACGUUAAACGCGAAGAUUUAACGUGAAUCUGUUUCAAAUCGUAAGCUAAUCCAAAUAAAAAAGAACACUAACCCGAGAUCGUAGAACUAUGAACGGCCUAAACGUAGACUGAGGCCGAGCUUCGAAAAUAACGCGUUGUUCGCUCUGUAAAAUUGUACGUGACUAUUAUAAGUGAGCCUUUUUAUCUAUUUACGACAUCAAAGUCUCGUAUCGAAAUAGUCUUUUGUUUUUGUUUUCUUUUUUUUUUUUUGUUAAAAAAUAAUAAUGAAUAAACGAAACCUGGAAAUCAUUCAUGCCAACUAUCAAUCAAAUUCAGAUACGAUUUUAUGUAUCGCGAUUCGAACACCGUUUCUAAUGGGUCGAAGUGAUGUUCUAGUAUCGUUCGUUGUCGGCACAAAUCGAAGAAACAGUCUGUUGGAGGUAAAUAAUUUGAACACCGGUUGAUAUAAUUUAAGGCAUUUCGCAAAACGCUCCCCUCCUUUAGCUUAGGUAGAGAUUAGAGAUUUGUAAAUUUCCUUAACCGGUACGCUCGUUAAAGGAAUCGUUUACCCUCGAAGUAAGACGCGGCUCGAUCGCGAUUGUCAAAAGACAAAGACGAUCGAUCGACCAACUUGAGUCUGGGUAACCAUAAGGAAAAGAAAGAAAACGAAAUAGAAGAAGAAGAAGGAAAA